AUGGCGCUCGCGGUACUAAGUAUUCAUAGAGACAAGAUGGCGGCAGCAGCAGUGAUGCCCGUGUACGGACAGAAGAUUUCUCCUAAAAACGACCUGGUACCGGACUGGACCGGACAGGAAGUCAGCACCGGGACGACCAUCAUGGCGGUGGAGUAUGAUGGAGGAGUUGUGAUCGGAGCAGACUCUAGAACCACCACCGGAGCUUACAUCGCCAACAGAGUGACAGACAAACUGACUCCUAUCCAUGAUAAGAUCUUCUGCUGCAGGUCUGGAUCAGCUGCUGACACUCAGGCCAUAGCAGAUGUGGUGACCUAUCAGCUGGGCUUCCACAGCAUCGAGCUGGACGAGCCCCCAUUGGUGGAGACGGCCGCCAAUCUCUUCAAAGCGAGCUGCUACCGCUACAGAGAAGAGCUAACAGCUGGGAUACUGGUGGCAGGCUGGGACCGGAGGAAGGGAGGACAGGUGUACUGCGUGCCUAUAGGUGGCAUGCUGGUGAGGCAGCCAGUGUCAGUAGGAGGAAGUGGCUCCACGUACAUCUACGGCUUCAUGGACUCCAACUAUAAACAAGGCAUGACCAAAGACCAGUGCAUGGACCUCACUGCUGCAGCCCUGUCUCUGGCGAUGGAGAGAGACGGGUCCAGUGGAGGUGUGGUGAGACUGGCUUCCAUCUCAGAGGAAGGAGUGGAGAGACGAGUUAUACUGGGAAACCAGCUGCCCAGCUUCUCUAAACACUAAAUACACACACACACACACACACACACACUAUACACACUAUACACACACACUAAACACACUCUGUGCUGUUUUGUUGUUAAUAAAGUUUUCCAUCUGUU